AUGAUGCUGUCGAAUAAGAACGACGACUAUUCCCCUCCUCCCCCUCCCUCGCGUGCGACGACCUAUCCCCUCGCCAGCCCCACAACUGCGCCAGAGAUCGAUGAUUUCUGGCUGUCCAUUGGGCUCGAUCGUUUGGCGGCCAUGAACCCCGCCUCGAAAACAACGGUGGAAGCGGUGGAGUCAGGCCAAACAGGGUUGAUCAAGCUUGGCGAGGCCUUCGACACGCUACUCGUACGGUCGACGAAGUACUCGUGGUUGCGAUUCCAGCAUGAGAAGAAAGCGGCCGCGAAGCAUAUCAAAACCCUUACCUCAGCGAUUGAAGACUUCAGUAACUCGAUUUCCGAAUGGGGAAGCAAGAUGUACCCGCUUAGUAAGGACGCCGAAGACAACUUUACUUCGUUCAACGCCUUCGCGAAGAAUAUGGUGAAAUGGUCAGGGAAUGCGUUCAUCGAGGGCGACAAGAGAGACGAGCAGGUGGAGCUCUGUCGGACAAGUGCUGUGACGACGGUGGGAAUCGUCCUGGAUCAGAUGAGACGCGUCUCACGACUCCACGGCCCAUCGUGGGGCUCUCUGAUCGACGUGGAAAGCGCAAUCACAGGCUCAGCACGAGCGAUCGCGUGGUUGGGCAUGCUGGAGGUAGUGCUCGAGCAAGCGGGAUGCAAGACCUGGAAGGAGGCUAAAACCCGCAUCGACUACUGGUGUUCUGUCAGCACUCUUCCUGAGUUCGGGUCAAAGGAGCGCAGGCGUGUGUAG